AUGCGUCUUCACCAAAUAUUUGCUGUUUUCGUUUUGACGAGCCUUCAACCCAUCCUCAUUCGUGCAUCCAGUUGCACAGCCAACACCAUGGUGGACAACAUUCUUGAGUUGCUUCCGUUCGACAGGAUGGAUUUCACGAUGCCUCAUGUGCGCCUCCUGGGCGAAGUCCGAGUUAGCAAAAUCGGGGGAGUGAGUCGCGCCUGCACCACAACCACAAAGAAGACGGCGAGUGAGGCAAUUCCAUCGUAUGUUUUCAACGCGUGUUUCAAUGUCACGGACGUCGCUAUUGAUUUACCAAAACAGGCAAGUUUUGGUGUCCUCAUCGAUUCCUCUCCACCCACCAAUCUUGACUUGCUUUGUCUGAGCAUUUCAAUCGGUCUGGCUAGAUUCGACGUCUCUCUGCAGAUUUCAGAAUCAUCAAACAUUGCACCAAGAUUGACCGUAUCGAUUCCAGUUUGGAAGGAUAUCAACGUCAAGGGACCACGACUUAAAUCCACCCUUGUUCAGACGGCGGUAAAAAGCAGGACUGCUGUUCAAUUGACUCUGCAGUCCGCGGCAAACGCGGCGCUCCAGACGAUCAAAUUCGCAGACUUAUUGAAAAGUCAGCAAUUGUCAACUUCACCAGCAAACAUGCGUUUUCAGCAAACGUGCACAAUGUUCUUUCUCGUCUGUCUUCUGCCCAUCUUCAUCCAUGGCUUCGAUCUCAGGCCCGACCAUGAGGUAGACAGUUACCUUGAGUCUCUCUCUGGCCAACAAUUCGCGUUUAUGGUUCCACGCGAGACGAAUAUUGGACCAGUAGAGGUUACCAGAAUCGGAAGUGUACGUCGUGUCUGUCCCACGACAAAGAAGGCAAUUAACGAGAAUGGGACCCAGUUGUUCGAGGUUGCUGCCUGUAUAAAUGUGACAGAUGUUGCAAUUAGCCUACCAAAAAUCUCUGUGACUGCAACAAUUGCACGAGCGAGAUUUGACCUUUCAAUGAAAAUUGACCCAUCUCUGAAGCAGGCACCAAGAGCCACCCUGUCGAUUCCCGUUUGGGAAGGCAUCGAAGUAGAGGGAUCCAGUGUCGUGAAUCUCAAGAGUCGCAAUUUGGUUAAAUUUGUGCUGCAAGCAGCCAUCAACUCUUCACCGAGUCAAACCGACUGGACAACAGCCAAUCCAUUUUAA